CUCUGAGCCUGCGCGCGCCGGAGUCAGGGGUCACGGCUGCGUAGGCUGUGGCGGGAAACGCUGUUUGAAGCGGGAUGGAUGGCAAGCGGCGGCCGGGCCCGGGGCCCGGGGUGCCUCCGAAGCGGGCCCGCGGGGGCCUCUGGGAUGAGGAGGAGCCGUCUCAGCCAUCGCAGUUCGAGGAGGAGCUGGCGCUGAUGGAGGAGAUGGAGGCAGAGCACAGGCUGCAGGAGCAGGAGGAGGAGCUGCUGCAGCCGGCCCUGGAGGGAGCUGUGGACGGGCAGUUCUCCCCAAUGGCCAUAGAUGCCCGCUGGCUUCGCCCCUCCCCGCCCUCCCUGGAUCCUGAGACGGAGCCCCUCAUCUUCCAGCAGUUGGAGAUCGACCAUUAUGUGGGCCCCGCGCAGCCCCUGCCUGGAGCAGCCCCGCCACCCGGCCCUGUGCCGGUGCUCCGUGCCUUUGGAGUCACUGAUGAGGGCGUGUCGGUCUGCUGCCACAUCCACGGCUUUGCGCCCUACUUCUACACCCCGGCGCCCCCUGGUUUUGGGUGCGAGCACCUGGGCGACCUGCAGCGGGAGCUGAACGCCGCCAUCAGCAGGGACCAGCGCGGAGGGAAGGAGCUGGCAGGGCCGGCCGUGCUGUCUGUGGAGUUGUGCUCCCGGGAGAGCAUGUUCGGGUACCAUGGGCACGGCCCCUCCCCGUUCCUGCGCAUCACCCUGGCACUGCCACGCCUCAUGGCCCCUGCCCGCCGCCUCCUGGAGCAGGGCAUCCGUGUGCCAGGCCUGGGCACCCCCAGCUUCGCGCCCUACGAGAGCAACGUGGACUUCGAGAUCCGGUUCAUGGUGGACACAGACAUCGUAGGCUGCAACUGGCUGGAACUCCCGGCCGGGAAAUACCACCUGAGGCCAAAGGGGAAGGUGCAGGGCUCGCCAGGGACAGGGGCCCAGGGCCGGGAGCCUGCAGCCACUGACGCACCCCACCCCUACAAGGCCACGCACUGUCAGCUGGAGGCGGAUGUGCAUUGGUCUGAUGUGGUCAGUCACCCGCCGGAAGGGGAGUGGCAGCGAAUCGCGCCCUUGCGCGUGCUCAGCUUUGACAUCGAGUGUGCUGGCCGCAAAGGCAUCUUCCCGGAGCCCGAACGUGACCCUGUGAUCCAGAUCUGCUCCCUGGGCCUGCGCUGGGGUGAGCCGGAGCCCUUCCUGCGCCUGGCGCUCACCCUGCGCCCCUGCGCCCCCAUCCUGGGCGCCAAAGUGCAGAGCUAUGAGCGGGAGGAGGAGCUGCUGCAGGCGUGGUCAGCCUUCAUUCGCAUCAUGGACCCCGAUGUGAUCACUGGCUACAACAUCCAGAACUUUGACCUUCCGUACCUCAUCUCCCGGGCCCAGACGCUCAAGGUGGAGUCGUUCCCCUUCCUGGGCCGUGUGGCCGGCCUCCGCUCCACCAUCCGGGACUCGUCCUUCCAGUCCAAGCAGACGGGCCGGCGGGACAGCAAGGUGGUCAGCAUGGUGGGCCGCGUGCAGAUGGACAUGCUGCAGGUGCUGCUGCGGGAGUACAAGCUCCGCUCCUACACGCUCAACGCCGUGAGCUUCCACUUCCUGGGCGAGCAGAAGGAGGACGUCCAGCACAGCAUCAUCACGGACCUGCAGAACGGGAACGACCAGACGCGCCGUCGCCUGGCCGUGUACUGCCUCAAGGACGCCUUCCUGCCCCUGCGGCUGCUGGAGCGGCUCAUGGUGCUGGUGAACGCCAUGGAGAUGGCACGCGUCACCGGCGUGCCCCUCGGCUACCUCCUCACCCGCGGCCAGCAGGUCAAGGUCGUGUCCCAGCUGCUGCGGCAGGCCAUGCGUGAGGGACUGCUGAUGCCCGUGGUCAAAACAGAGGGUGGCGAGGACUACACGGGAGCCACGGUCAUCGAGCCCCUCAAAGGGUACUACGAUGUCCCCAUCGCCACCCUGGACUUCUCCUCCCUGUACCCGUCCAUCAUGAUGGCCCACAACCUGUGCUACACGACGCUCCUGCGGCCCGGGGCCGCCCAGAGACUGGGCCUGACGGCAGAUCAGUUCAUCAAGACGCCCACAGGGGACGAGUUUGUGAAGACGUCAGUGCGGAAGGGGCUGCUGCCCCAGAUCCUGGAGAACCUGCUCAGCGCCCGGAAGAGGGCCAAGGCUGAGCUGGCCAAAGAGACAGACCCCCUGCGGCGGCAGGUAUUGGACGGGCGACAGCUGGCGCUCAAAGUGAGUGCCAACUCUGUGUAUGGCUUCACUGGGGCCCAGGUGGGCAAGCUGCCGUGCCUGGAGAUCUCACAGAGCGUCACUGGCUUUGGCCGCCAGAUGAUUGAGAAAACAAAGCAGCUGGUGGAGUCCAAGUACACAGUGGAGAACGGCUAUGUUGCCAAUGCCAAGGUGGUGUAUGGUGACACCGACUCAGUCAUGUGCCGAUUUGGUAUCUCUUCUGUGGCCGAGGCCAUGGCCCUGGGGCGGGAGGCUGCAGACUGGGUGUCGGGCCACUUCCCCCCACCUAUCCGGCUCGAGUUUGAAAAGGUCUACUUUCCCUACCUGCUCAUCAGCAAGAAGCGGUACGCCGGCCUGCUCUUCUCCUCCCGGCCUGACACUCACGACCGCAUGGACUGCAAGGGCCUGGAGGCCGUGCGCAGGGACAACUGCCCCCUCGUGGCCAACCUCGUCACUGCCUCCCUGCGCCGCCUGCUCAUCGACCGAGACCCCACAGGUGCUGUGGCCCACGCCCAGGACGUCAUCUCGGACCUGCUGUGCAACCGAAUCGACAUCUCCCAGCUCGUCAUCACCAAGGAGCUGACCCGCGCCGCCUCGGACUACGCCGGCAAGCAGGCCCACGUGGAGCUGGCCGAGAGGAUGAGGAAGCGGGACCCCGGGAGUGCGCCCAGCUUGGGCGACCGUGUCCCCUACGUGAUCAUCGGCGCUGCCAAGGGCGUGGCUGCCUACAUGAAGUCCGAGGACCCCCUGUUCGUGCUGGAGCACAGCCUGCCCAUCGACACGCAGUACUACCUGGAGCAGCAGCUCGCCAAGCCGCUGCUGCGCAUCUUUGAGCCCAUCCUGGGCGAGGGCCGUGCAGAGGCUGUGCUGCUGAGGGGUGACCACACACGCUGUAAGACGGUGCUCACAGGCAAGGUGGGCGGCCUUCUGGCCUUUGCCAAACGCCACAGCUGCUGCAUCGGCUGCCGCACUGUCCUCAGCCACCAGGGGGCCGUGUGCAAGUUCUGCCAGCCUCGGGAGUCGGAGCUGUAUCAGAAGGAGGUGUCGCACCUGAACGCCCUGGAGGAGCGCUUCUCGCGCCUGUGGACACAGUGCCAGCGCUGUCAGGGCAGCCUGCACGAGGAUGUCAUCUGCACCAGGCACGACGGGCCACACUUCAGCUGUCUGUACCCAGAUGGCGUCUUCUACGACCUGGACAGCUGCAAGCACCCCAGUUACCCUGACUCAGAGGGGGCUUCUGACUCCCUGUGGGGCUGGGACCUGAGUCCAGCUGUCCCUGCCGCCGCCGCCUCCUAUGAAGCCUUCAACCCAGCUGUGGCCAACUUCGGCCACCCCCAGGGUGUCCAGCUCUGUUAUGGACCCUCGACCUACAGCCCCGUGGGGAACCUCGACCCGGUGGCCCCCAGCCUAGAGGCCCCAGGGCCCAGCUUCCCAGCAUACCCCACAGAGGAAUUCACCAGCCAGACCCUGGGCCCCCCGGCCUACGCCCCGUACCCCAGCCCUGUGCUGUCGGAGGAAGAGGGCCUCCUGCCGGACAGCCCCAGCCUGGAGGUUUCAGACAGCGAGUCGGAUGAGGCCCUCCUGGCUGGCUCCGAGGGGAGGGGAUCUGAGGCAGGGGCCCGCAAGAAGCUCCGCCUGUACCAGUUCCUGCUGGGGCUCCUGACGCGCGGAGACAUGCGCCACUGCGUGUGGUGGGUGGAGCCGGGCGCCGGGGUCUUCCAGUUCUCCUCCAAGCACAAGGAGCUCCUGGCGCGCCGCUGGGGCCAGCAGAAGGGCAACCGCAAGCGCAUGACCUACCAGAAGCUGGCGCGCGCCCUGCGCAACUACGCCAAGACCGGCGAGAUCCGCAAGGUCAAGCGCAAGCUCACCUACCAGUUUGACAGUGCGCUGCUGCCGGCCGCCCGCCGGGCCUGAGCCCAGAGGGGGCUGUGAGGGGCUCCGCGCCGGUGUCGCGUUGGCGUCCCCACACCCUAGGUCAUAGCACCCGUGGAUUCCCCGCACUGGAGGGAGGGAGGGACUGACGUAAUCCCUAAGCCCUGCCAGGGCCCCUCUGGGACCACCCCCCACCCCGUCGUGUCUGGGGCCCCUCUGGGAUUUCCUUGUCAUGUCCAGGAUCGCCAGGAUCCUCAUGUCUGGGUUACGUGACCCAUAGAGGACUGUGCUCUGUGUCUCUGUGGAGGGGAGGGGCUGGACGGUGCUUCCAGAUCCCCAGGAGCUUCACCUCGUGGUGUCUGAGAUCCUCCAACCGAGCCUGGGACCUCUCUGAGCUCCCUUGUGUGUCUGAAAUCUCUCAAUCUCAUCGGGGGGGGGCGGGGGGAGAGCCCGCGGACCGUCACACGGGGAGGGGGUGCGCCCUGUCCAGCGUCUCUCUGGGAUCCCUUUCUCAUGUCUAAGUCCCUCCUGUCAGAUCGGAAAUCUCCUACUUAGGUCUGGGGGCCUUCCGGAAACCCUUUAUCAAGUCUCAGAUCCCUGUGCCCCUCUGUGACUCUUGUCCUAUCCGACCCCCUAAAUGAUGACCUUUGUCAUCUUGCAAUCUCCUAAUUCUCUGGAACCACAGUGCUGUCACUUUCUUGUGUCUGGAAUUCUCCAAUCACAUUGAGGGUGACUCUGGGAUCCUUUGGUCAUGUCUAAAAACAUCCUUGUCAGGUUUAGGGGGGACAUCAGCCUCAGAGGCUGCCUCUGGGGUACCUUAUCUAUUUGGGAUCCUCCAGUCACAUCCAGGGCCUCCCUGGGUCCCCCUAUCUGCUAUGCCCCUUUGGGGACCCCACCGGCAGACCCGAGUUCUCCCAGGGACCCUCCCCUUCCAGGGAUGCCCUCUGUAGGGCCCAAGCCAGGGGUCAUUCUAGACCCUCAACUGAUUUCUCGGUGAUCUUGGCAGCCCUCCCCAUGUCAUCUCUAACCAGAGGUCACAAGUUGGCACCCCCCCCCCCCCCCCCUCCCGCUCCCCUUGGGGCAAAUGAGAUCUCUGGUGGCAGUUUCUUUAGUUCACUGCAGCAGUGAGGGGGAUUUUGCAUGAUCCUUCACUUAAAACGUUGCACAAUGCAGCAGCGGGCCGCUUUGUGGUUCAGAGGGGCUGGAGGAGGGUGGCAGCCACUCCUAAAGGAGCAUCUGUUCCCCAGUGUGCCCCAGUCCCUGCUGGAGUUGCCUGUUGGCCCCCAGCCAUUUGCAUUUCGCCCCCUGGUGUGAAGCUUGGGUAUGCGGUGGGAGCUCUGAUAGGAACCCUCUGGGGUGCCACAGACUGUGCGCUAGGAUGUCACGGUCCCGGGUCCCGUGGUGGGGAAAUCUAGAGUGGAAGACUUGCCGCUUCUGGGCCUCAGUGUGUCCCUUGUGUGAAAGGGGAGAGGAGAACGAAGAUAGAAAAAGUCCCUUGCAGUGGUGCUGAGCCUUUGAUACAUCUGGAAAUGUACCCCACCAACCAUUCAUUCACUGACGUCCUGGAGGAGGACAACGAAGGAGCUUCAAGGACCCAGAAAGGGAAGAGGUCCCUAUGGGGCACACAGCUGCUGGUCGCAGGGCCCCUGGGACCAGCCCUCUGAAGGACACGCGCCCCCUCCUGGAAUGGGGGCUGGGUGGGAGCGGAGUGCUAGGGACAAAAUGUCCCCAGGGCCUCCUCUUGCAAAUGAGGUACCUUUUGCAAAAACUAUCAUAUACCACCCCUAAAAUGUGGAAAAAAAAUAAAAUAAAACAAAUCAAGGUA